AUGCAGUUCAUUUUCAAACUAUUCCUAUAUCUUCUCAUACCAAUUCUAGUAGAAUCUAUCAUCAGUCGUGGUGAUGAUCCAAUUAUUUGUAUUACUGAAACUAACAAUGGAUGUAAGACUCAGUUGGAGAAGAAAAAUUCACUUUUGAAUAAUAUUCCCUCUAAUUUUCCACCGCUUUCCAGUGUGUUAAAGAAUUACACAGAGCAAUGUCAGAAUGUUAUGAAGUGUGCAUCUGGCCUCGAGUGUUUCAAAGGGAAAUCAGAAAUAGAAGUUUUUAAAACAUCUUGUGAUGCUGUGGGUUCAGGAAGAUAUACGUUUGAUUACACAUGCAUGUCACGCUUUUUGAGAAAACUCUUUGAUGGAGGACAUAAUUGCACGGAUGAUAUAAUUAUUGGAAACUUGUCCACUCAGAUUUUCAAAACUCAAAAGCAAUGCUUUUUGAACAUCGCCAAGAAUGUUUGUGACACCGAGAACUUCAAUUUUUUCCAAAAGAAUUAUGACGAAGUUGUGGAAUUAUACACAACUAGACCUGCAGUGGAUGACGGGUUCUGUGCGAGUCCCAACGACAAAUUCAGCAGAAUGCAAUGCGAAAAUUUCUUUGGUGAAUUUGGUUCAAAAACCAUGAAAAUCCCAUUUUUAUCAAUAACCAACCGAUCGAAUACAGAGGUUCAAGAAGUUUUGGAACUGAACAAACAAGGCCAGAAUUGUUUUGACAACCUUUGCUUAUAUCAAAGAAUUGGUGAGGAGAAUAACACCAGAAUAUUCACUGACACCUUUCAAGCCUCGCCUACAAAUCUAACCAAAAUUUUCAAGCUACGGCCAAGAUUGCUGGAGUACAGUUGUCUGGCUAACAAUACUAUCUACACGUUUUUCCGUGAAGUGUCGUUAUGUACAAAUCUUGGAGAGAAGGAGGAUUGUAUUAUGCCAACUAUCACAAAGUUUUGUCAGGAGGAGAUAUUGGCUGAUUUCAGAAAUUUGGAAGUUUCUGUGGGACCGCGAAGGGAGGUGUAUAACACUCCGGAGUUUGAGUUUGCAAUGUUCCGGGAUAAUAAGAAGAAACGAAGAUUUGUUUUUACUGUGAAAGAUGAUAAAAAAUAUAUGUUUGAUUACAAAUGCAUGGUACCCUUUAUGUGGAAAUUAUUUGAUGAUGAAGAGAAUUGCACUCAAGAUAUAAUUAUUGGAAACUUGUCCAGUCAGAUUUUCAAAACUCAAAAGCAGUGCUUUUUGAAUAUUGCCAAGAAUGUGUGCGAGACUGAGCAUUACAAUUUCUUCCAAAAAAACUAUGAUGAAGUUUUGGAAUUAUACACAACUAGACCUGCAGUGUUUGACGGGUUCUGUGCAAGUCCCAACGACAAAUUCAACAGAUUGCAAUGUGAAUGUUUCCUCGGUAAAUUUAGUUCAAAAACUAUGAAAAUUCCAUUCUUGUCAAUAACCAAUCGAUCAAGUGCUGAGGUUGAAGAAGUUUUGGAAUUGAACAAACAGUACCAGAACUGCAUAGACAACUCUUGCUUGGAUCUAAGUGCUAAUGAAAAUAGCAUGAGAAUAUUCACUGACAUCUUUCAAGCCUCGCCAACAAACUUUACUGAAAUUUUCAAACUGCGACCAAGUUUGCUGGAAUACAGCUGUCUGGCGAACAUAAGCGUUUAUACGUUCUUCAGUGAAGUGUCGAUAUGUUCAAUGUUUGGCGAGAGGGAUUGUAUAAUGCCAACUAUCAUAAAGUUUUGUCAGGAGGAGAUAUUGGCUGAUUUCAGAAAUUUGGAAGUUUCUGUAGGACCGCGGAAAGAAGUGUAUAACACUCCGGAAUUAGAAUUUGCAAUGUUCCGAGAUAAUAAGAAGAAACGAAAAUUUGUUUUCACUAUGAAAGAUGAUAAGUUGAUUCAAUGA